CCAAUCAGACAUAGAACCUCUGAUCUCUGUAAGUCAGAGUAAGUGGUCACAAUUAGCUAGCGUGGAAAGGCAAACGCAUAAAGGAAAUACAAAAUGAAACAUCGCUAAGUUAUACAUAUAUUAUUAUUAUUAUUAUUUUUUUUUUACAACCACCAAACCUAGGUUUUUGUUAGAUGAAAAGCGAAGGUGGUGCAAAUAAGCAUCAUUUGUUGAGUUGACAAUGUGGUGAACUAUAUGGAGAAACGUGUGGUGAGAGAAGGAAGAUGGGUUGUCCACGAAGGUUUCUAGGUUCAUAGAUUUAAAAAAAAAAAUGUAAAUGGUUCCUGCACAACUUGACAGUUUUGCUGGACACUUAAUACUAGCGUGAUCUCUCUGUGUAGAGGAAACCCGACAAUUGGCUCCAAAGCGACAAUACAAAGGAGGAAACAGAAAAGGCAUGUGAACCGAAACAUAUUCAAUCGAUCGACCGAGCUGAGAAAAUAUGUUGGGGAUUUGCGCGAUGUUUCUUACUGUGUUUCGACUUAUUUUUUUUAGAGUUUUAUUACUUGACUUUUACAAAGAACGUUUGGCUACACUGACUGCACACUCCUACAUACAUCUUUCUUUAAAAAGCGUUACCGUACAAACGGUGAAUAAGUAAAAUCGCAGAACCAAUGGGACGGAUCUGAAUUCUGGGAAGAAACCGGGAAAGCGUUAGAAAAUUGACAGAGGGUGACCCGCAGAAAUGCCACCGGCAACCAAUGAACUGGCAGCCUCCAAAUGGACUCCUGCUCUGCCAGACCAGUGCAGUAACAAUGAUGCUUGCUGAAGGCAUACUUGCAAUCCUUCCUGCCUACCCUUGGCAAGAAUGAUUUAUUCUGCUUAACUGCCCCCUGUUCAGGCCGGGGCCUCCAUUGGUAUGUUAAAUUCCAACAGUGAUGGUUAUUUGAACAUUACUCCAUAUUCCAGGGUGCGUCUAGCACUGGUCGAAGGUUUAUCAGAGAACAGUUCGCUACUGGCAGGCGUCUCCAUGGAGAACUACACUGUGUCCCCUUACUUGCAUGAGAGCUUUGAGGUCCUCAGCGCACCCUUGCAGGUAUUCCUUUCCACCGUGAUUAUUUUCAUCCUGCUGGUGUCUUUUGUGGGAAAUGUGGUGGUCUGUUUGAUGGUCUACCAGCGGGCUGCCAUGCGUUCCGCCAUCAACAUUCUCUUAGCUAGCCUGGCCUUUGCAGACAUGAUGUUGGCUGUGUUGAACAUGCCCUUUGCCCUGGUUAGUGUCAUCACCACCCACUGGAUCUUUGGGGAGGUUUUCUGCAAGGUGUCCGCUAUGUUCUUCUGGCUGUUUGUCAUUGAAGGAGUGGCUAUCUUGCUUAUCAUCAGCAUUGACCGAUUCCUCAUCAUCGUUCAGAAACAGGACCGAUUGAACCCCUAUAAGGCCAAAGUGCUCAUCGGUAUCUCCUGGGCCUUUUCAUUCUGUUUUUCCUUCCCCCUGGCUGUUGGCAAGCCAGACCUGCAGAUCCCCUCCAGGGCCCCCCAGUGUGUGUUUGGCUAUACCACAGAGCCAGGCUACCACACCUACGUAGUGCUCAUAAUGCUAGUCUUUUUCUUCAUCCCCUUCAUGGUGAUGCUUUACACCUUCUUGGGCAUCCUGAACACAGUGCGCCACAAUGCCAUUCGAAUCCACAGCCACCCAGACAGCAUCUGCCUGAGUCAAGUUAGCAAGUUGGGCCUCAUGAGCUUGCAGAGACCCUUUCAGAUGAACAUAGACAUGAGCUUCAAGACACGUGCCUUUACAACCAUACUCAUUCUGUUUACAGUGUUUACAGUGUGCUGGGCACCCUUCACUAUCUAUAGCCUGCUUUCCACCUUCAACAGUAGCUUCUACAACAAGGCAAACUUCUUUGAAAUCAGCACGUGGCUGCUCUGGUUAUGCUACCUCAAGUCUGCCCUCAAUCCAUUGAUCUACUACUGGAGGAUCAAGAAGUUUCGGGACGCCUGCCUAGACUUAAUGCCCAAGUACUUUAAGUUCCUACCCCAACUGCCCGGCCACACGAAGAGGCGGAUUCGUCCCAGUGCCAUUUAUGUUUGUGGUGAGCACCGAACUGUGGUAUAGCACUGAACUGAACUAAAAAAGCUAACCUUAAACUGCCAACGCAAAUACCACUUACGUGUUUAUGUGCAAUGUAAAUUGAUCUAUGGAAACAAGAUUGUCUUUUUAUAAAUAUCAUACCGAAAGAUGUUUUCAAGUACUAUGUAAUUGGUUUACAUGAUGUGUAAAUACAUAUGACCUCUAGGACACAAGUUUUGUUUGCUUUUGUUUAGUUUUUUGUACUAGUUUUGUUUUUUUCAUGUUGGUGCCUACAUGUUUAGUCCAAGACAGACAGUUCGAGUGCUGCUAUAUUUGGUGAAGAAAUGUGCAAUUUCAGUGUACUGUAUUUUUAUCUUUAGGAAAAUAAAAUGUAGGUGUUUGUUACAUGGUUAGUCUGGCUGACUGUUUCAGUUAUGUUAAUGUGUAUUCGUAAAUGGGGACUGGUAGUCACACUGGUGCUGAGUGGAAUAUAAGACUAAUGAACUACCAGGGGAUGCCUUCUCAAUGCCUCUAGGCUUCAUGGCUUCUGGGAGUAUCAGUCCUUAGCUGGUAAGAGAGUGGUAAACAGUACACUGAUAUGUUUUGUCUAAUUUACAUUAUAAAGAAUUAAUUAAGCCCAGUAGACCGCUGUUGAAAAAUGUUUAUAAUUUUGGCUACUCUUAAGGAGUCUCAAUUCUGUUUUCUUUUUGUUUUCUUUUCCUUCUGGAAAUAACUGCUGAAGGUGUUAGACUCAUUAACCUGCAUAAACAGCAACGGCCUCAUCCAUAACAUUACAUGUACAGAAAACGAUUGUGUUUUAGUGCAAUCUAGUAGUAAAAUGCAAUGUCACCUCAAAGGUACUACAUACAGAUAUGGGUGGUGAAAAUACCUGACAGUUGUAAAUAAAAUGUUCACUGUGAGAUAUAAAACCAGCCUCAGAGAUGCCUGUAUGCUUGCGUGGCAAAGUUAUUUAUUUGU